CUAGGCGUUCAGACUCUCAUAAGAAUUAUACCGAACGGCCGACUGCGCCGCGCUGCCGCACUUGUUUUUCACGAAUUUUCCCUCCGUCGUGAUCCUCUACGAAGUGGGAAACUUAUUCAGUUUGUAAUAAAUUCGUUUGAAUUUUUUUUGUGGUGCAAAAAUAGUUGAAAGUUGAAAAUUUGAGUGAGAACCAGUGAAUAUUGUAUUAUAAACAAGACAAACGGUCAAGAGUCAUGAAGCGGUAAUGAACUUUCAUGAUACAAUUUGAUCUAGAAAUUUUAAAGUAAAACUAACAAAAGUAAAUAUGAAGAGGCUUAAGACGUUUUGUUGCUGCGCGUCCACCCGCACAGGCUCCAUCAUCACAGGAGCCCUGGGCAUCAUCCUCUCCGUGGCCACAAUCAUAGCUGUAUGGCUGUUCCAGAAACAUUUCGUCAGAUUUACCACGUACAUAUUCGAUGAAGAAUUCGAUAAGAAACUAGCAGACUUAGACAUUCCGAGAAUAAUCAUAACUAUCAACUUAUGCUUCACGAUUUUAAUUUGCUCUCUACUCAUCAUAGCAGUAUGUAAGAGGCGGUCAUGGCUCAUGUUGCCGUUCGUGGUGUUGGGGGUGGUGCUGGCCAUCGGCCUGCUCAUCAGCAUCCUCCACACCUCUAUUACAUACUACCUCAUGGACUACAAAACAGAAGAUGAACGCUACAACCAGAUUCUUCUGGCUACGGCUAUACUGAUAGGCGGAAUAUUAUACUUGUGUUUGUAUCUUUACGCAUGGGCAGUUGUAUUUAGCCACUACUUGGACAUCCGUGACGAAGAAACCAGGGGUAGAUACCGAAAGGCGCCAUACCGAAGAUAGAGCUUUAAAAGUAUUCAAAUACUUUCGAAAAAGCUUUCGAAGUACAUGACAUAUUUUGAACUAUAUUAUAUAAUGCAUAACAACAGAAUAAUUUGACGAAUGCAUCAUAAUAUUAGACUGAAUAAAGCAAAGCAUCAACUCGAUCGAAUCGAUUUCAUACAGAGAUAUAGUAAGAAAUAAUUUCCCAACUGUCAGAUGAUGAACAUUGUACAAAAGAUGAUUUUACUGCGGCAUCUGACUUCGCAUGUUUUUAUGCUACAAAAAAUAAAUUAAAUUAAACAUACUUAUAAGCCUUAAUACUUUGCCUUGAUUCUUAAUCAUCUUUGUAUAAUCUGUUGGUACUAGGGUAACUUCCCAAGAAUUUGAUUCGGCGGUACCACUAAUGAGAGGACACUGUCGCAGUCGCAGGCUGCUAAAAAGGUCAUGGUCUAGAAUCUUGCUUUAAUUGAAAUUUGAUGUUUAGAUAUCUAUAAAUAAGUAAAUAUAAGUAUUUAAUUAAUAUU